AUGGAUGACCCUGAGCAAGAUGAUGAGUUUCCAAUGAGGAACCUAUGCUCCGUAGCGCUCUUUAAGCUAUUCGCCGAAUGGGCUAGCAAAGGCUAUGCUAUUCCCGAGCUGAAUCCUGAUAGUAUGGAGUGGAAAGAUCUUACCUUAGAGAUCAAGGAUGAGCAGAAGAAGAAAUUCAAGAUUCAAAAAUGGGAGAACAAGCAUCCGGUUUGCUUGCUAUACGAACUCUUUCCCAACGUAGUGAUUAAAGACGAAUCGACGGCCUCCCCUGAAGGGACGUUGGUUCACCACAUGUCUUUGACCCUUGACGGAGCUACAUUCAAAGCCAGUGCUUCCAACAAGAAGUUGGCUAAGCGCCGUGUGGCCAUCCAGUUCUUAAACCAGGUGGCUGGCACUCAAUACACUGAGUGA